AUGCAUGAUAAAUCUGACGCCUCUGAUUGGUAUUUUACAGCAGAGAUUAUUUUCCGUAAAAAUAAUUUUAGAAUAGUAAAAAGAUCUAAAACUGGCAGAGGUGGUAAUCUACUUAAAAAGAUAAAUGAAUACAAAGGCGAAAAUUGUUACAUACCAAGCGAUGGCUAUAGUUUUAUAAAGUGUGUAAAUCACUUCAUGAAUAAAGACUUAACAAAGGAAUUUCAAGAUUUCGUCAACAGAUUUCAAAAAGCAAAAAGAAAAGGAGUGAUGACAGUUAAAAGAGUUAAGAUAUUCAACGAUCGAUUUAAUACAAAUUUUCAAAUCUAUAACCCUAAAGACAGUCAUUUUAAACCAAGAUAUGUAAACAUAGACUUAGAUUGGGUUUUUUAUUUACACAAAGAACAUUUCUGUUUGAUAAGAAGAAAUAACAAAGCUUUAGGUAUUAAAGAAAUAGAAGAUAAUUACGAUGAAAAUGUAUCGAGAAUCUGCGGGGAUGAUGAUGCAGUAACAUGUUUUGCUCAGUUAAAACUAAACGUGAUUUCACAACCCCAUGAUGAUACUUUAUUCGCUUGGGAUUGCGAAACCUAUAGCGAAAAAGAAACGAAUAAAGCUAUUCCUUAUUGUUGUACUUUAGUCAAUUUGGAAAAACUAAGGCAAAAACUAGAAGUAAUUAAAAGAGUAUUCCCAGAUUUAAAGCCAACUGAUCCCAUUCCAGAAGAAUUUUACAACAAACUAAUAUAG